AUGUACUUAUUGACUUGCGAAUUUUUCGAUACGCCUAUCUAUAACAACAAAAUCAAGGCUAUACAGAAAGUGAUUAAGACGUUUUAUUCACUUACCGUAUGCCUAUUUAAACACAUAAAAUGAAGGCCAAAGACAAAGAAAAGAUAGCCAUGGAAGUACAAAACAUCCUACACAUGAAUACUGGCGAUGGGGAUUCAAGCUAUGCAUGCAACUCGUUUCUUCAGGAAACAGCCAUGUGGAAAACGCUUCCGGUUUUAAGGCAUACAAUCAAGUUUAUGGCUAAUAAUGACAUCAUCUUUAAUACUCAGUGUUUCAAGGUAGCUGAUUUGGGGUGCUCCUCUAGCAUAAAUUCACUAUUGGUUGCAUCCACCAUUAUUGAUAUGGUUCACGACCUUUGUGAAGAAACUAAGCAUAAAUCACCGCAGUUUGAAGUGUGCUUAAAUGACCUGUUCGGAAAUGAUUUCAAUACCAUAUUCAAAAUGCUACCCGAGUUUUAUUCCAACCUUAAGAAGAAGAAGAAGAAGCGAGAACAUUUUGGCCAUUGUUUUGUUUCAGCUACACCUGGUUCAUUUUACCGUAGACUCUUUCCUAACAAAAGUUUGCACCUUAUUCACUCCAUGUACGCUCUUCAUUGGCUUUCUCAGGUACCUGAAGGCAUUGAAAACAACAAAUCUAAUAUAUACAUGUCCAAAUCAAGUCCACCAAAUGUGUUGGAAGCAUAUCAGAAGAAAUUUGAUACAGAUUUCCGGAAGUUUUUACAAAUGCGUUCUGAGGAAUUAGUACAAGGUGGAUGCAUGGUGUUAACAUUUGUCGGCCGGAGUAUUGCUGAUCCAACCAUUGAUGACUGUUGCAUUAUCUGGAAGCUACUAGCCCAAUCACUUCACGACAUACUCAAAGAGGGACUGAUCCAAGAAUCAGACAUUAAGUCAUUCAAUAUGCCAUACUAUAAUCCAUGUGAAGAUGAAGUUAGGAACAUUAUUCAGAAUGAGGGGUCGUUUUCUCUUGAUAUGUUGAAUGUUUUUCAAGUCAACUGGGAUCCACAUGAUACAGAUUAUAUAAGUACGAAGGAUUUUGAUGUGCCUAGCCAUAUCCACGGGGAAAAUGCAGCAAAAGCUCUGAGAGCUGUUAUGGAACCAUUGUUGACCUCUCAUUUCGGAAAUUCCAUAAUAGACAUCUUAUUCGACAAGUUUAAGAAGCAUGUGUCACUACAGCUUGCUAAGAAAAAAAUAAGAUACUAUAAUAUAGUCGUUUCAUUGUCUAGAAAAUGAAAAAUUCACGUGCUCAAGUUGCUCUCGUGCAGUUGUUUUCAGUUUUAGUUCUUCCAUUGUAAUCUUAAUGAAACCUUUACAAAGGUUCAUUUAUAUUGGCUUUUGUUGCCUUCAUGUUUCUUUAGGUGUUA